AUGGGUAAAGAAGGCAAAAAAUCUAAAUCAGAAGACAAUUAUGAAGCUAGAAUGUCAGCAGUCUUACCAUUUGCUACUCCAUUAGCUUCCAAAAAAUUAAAUAAGAAGAUCUUAAAAACUGUCAAAAAAGCAUCAAAAGCUAAAAAUGUUAAAAGAGGGGUGAAAGAAGUCGUUAAAGCUUUAAGAAAGGGUGACAAGGGUCUAGUUGUUAUUGCCGGUGAUAUCUAUCCAGCUGAUGUCAUUUCUCAUAUUCCAGUUCUUUGUGAAGAUCACUCUGUCCCAUACAUUUUUAUACCAUCUAAACAAGACUUGGGUUCCGCUGGUGCUACAAAGAGACCUACAUCUGUGGUCUUUAUUGUUCCAGGUAGUAACAAGAAGAAAGAUGGUAAGGGUAAAGAAGACGAAUAUAAGGAUGCGUUCAAUGAUGUUGUUAAGGAAAUCAAGACUUUAUGA